AACCAAAUUUCGUAAACAACAUCGAGGAAGACUAAAAGGAAUAUCCUCUCGUGGAAAUCGUAUAUGUUUUGGCAGAUAUGCUCUUCAAACACUUGAACCUGCUUGGAUUACAUCUAGACAAAUAGAAGCAGGGCGACGAGCAAUGACACGAAAUGUACGACGUGGUGGAAAAAUUUGG